UAGAAGCGUUCGCCGGAGAAAUCCGUUCUCUCCCCCGCCUCUCGUCGUUUUUCUCCGGCGUAGACCUCCAAGACCUCUUCACCGAAAAGGCGCAACCAUGGCUGAGGCGGAUGAAACUCAGAAGAAGAAGAGGACCUUCAGGAAGUUUACCUUCCGGGGGGUUGACCUCGACCAGCUCUUGGACAUGCCGAAUGAGCAGUUGAUGGACUUGAUGCACGCGCGAGCGCGCAGACGCUUUUCUCACGGUCUGAAACGAAAGUCUAUGGCUCUUGUCAAGAAGCUGCGCAAGGCAAAGAAGGAGACGCCACCUAAUGAGAAGCCCGAGAUCGUCAAGACGCAUUUGCGCAAUAUGAUCAUCGUACCGGAGAUGGUUGGCUCGAUCGUUGGUGUAUACAACGGCAAGACCUUCAACCAGGUCGAGAUCAAGCCAGAAAUGAUUGGCCAUUAUCUUGGGGAGUUCUCUGUUACGUACAAACCUGUUAAACACGGUAGACCUGGUAUCGGUGCCACCCAUUCCUCACGUUUUAUUCCACUCAAGUAAAAUGUACUUCGCUACCUUGUAUCAAUAAAUUUACCAAACGUGUAAACAAAA